AAGCGAUUAAGCGAAAUUAUGCCUGAUUUUGACGUUUGUUAGCUACUUUUUGCACAUCGAAACUCAGAAUAUAUAAAAUAAUUAAUAUUUCUCGAGGAACGACCAAUCGCGUGAUUCACGAGAACUAAUUAUUCAUGUAUUAUCGAGGAACCUUUGACCUGCUUACAUGCUUAUCCUCAAUACUCUGUCCAUUCUCCUGCAAGUUGCGUUCAUAGUGUUUAUGUCCUUACUUUCUAUGAAUAUAAUCAAACAAUUCAGUGGUUUUGCUAGAAAAAUGACUGUGAUUGCUCCUGCGCUGUUCGUGAACCAUGGCGGGGGACCCUUGCCGCUAUUAGGAGACAAGGAUCACAAAGAGUUGACGAAUUUCCUGAGGGAUGGCGUUAAGAAACAUAUGGAUCUUAAAAAUAUCAAAGCUAUCAUUUUAGUGACCGCACAUUGGGAGGAGAGUAAAGUGACGAUAUCAUCCAGCGACCAUCACGACCUUCUAUUUGACUACUACGGUUUUCCGCCUGAAUCGUACAGGUACACUUACAAUGCGCCUGGGGACCCAGCAUUGGCUAAGAGAAUCCAAGAAGUUUUAAAAAGAGAAGGUGUAGAUUCUAAAUUGGACCCGAAAAGAGGUUGGGACCAUGGAGUUUUUGUACCUAUGAUGCUUAUAAACCCUUCAGCAAACAUACCUAUAGUGCAAGUGUCUGUGUUAAGUAGUCAAGAUGCCGCAGAACAUUAUAAAAUUGGCCAAGCAUUGCAUGCUUUCCGUAAAGAGGGCAUUGCUGUUAUCGGCUCAGGAAUGUCGUAUCAUAACAUGAGAGAGUUCAUGAUGGCUAGAAAAGGGAAAAUCGUUAACGAAGAGUUUGAUAACUUUCUGACCAGAGUGUGUGGUUUGGAAGAUAGCGAACGCAAAGCUGAGUUAUUGAAGUGGAGAGAGCAACCAGGUGCUACGGAGGCCCACCCUAUGAGAGCGGCUGAGCACUUUAUGCCGCUGGUGGUUAUUGCUGGGGCUGGAGGGCCGAAGCCUGGUGAACGUGUCUUCCACUGGGAUAUGAGUGGUACUUUUAGGUUAAGCGGAUUCAUUUGGAAACAAGAAUAAAUAACACAACAUCAUAUAUUAUAUACAUAUAAUAAUAAGAUCACAACUAUAUCCCAAACAGCAUGGUGAGUUUUGGGUGAGUAUGGUCACGAGCAUUAAUAUGUAUUAACUUUGGUACCAUGUCACAUUAACUUUUUUGACAAAUUGAACUCUAAGUCUCACUAAAUGUCAAAUAAGUUAGUGUGACAGAGUCCUAAAGUGGGUACAUUAUAUUGCUCAUGACUGUACUUAGUUUAUCUUGCAAUGAAUGUAUGUCUGACUACCCCAAUUGAUAUAGUUGUGUGCUUAUGUCAGAAGAAUAAAUAAUGCCAAUAUUAGAUUAGAAUCCAAAGGCUGAGGCUUUUUAAAACCGUAUUUAUAUCAAACUCCAUAAAAGAAUUAUCAUGUAAGGCUUUUAGUUUAUACUAUCUGGUUGACCAAUCCAUUCCUUAAGGGAUAGCUACACGAAAGCACCUAUGAGCCUGGCAUGAUCACUCAGGGUGUUCAAAGCCUCGUUAAAAAUUAGAAUAAAUAAAAAAAAAGAAUUUCCAACAACAAUCUCCAUAAGCACUUCCUGACUAACAAAGGGCUGCCGCAGGACGUGGUCUCCGCUUCCAGCGUCAACACCUUCAAAAACAAAUAAAAAUUACCAUAAAACAGAGAAAGGAAAACUCAACUACUGAAUGGUCAAAUACAGGCACUUAUCAGUGAAAAAAAAAACUUCCUGCCUGACUUAAUAAUAAUAAAGUCUGUAAUGCCUUAUAGAAGCUGUCAUUUAAAAAGUGU